AUUCGUGACUACCUGACCAACCAAAUGAUUAUUUACACUAAUAAAUUUAAGAACAAUGGAUGAUAAAUACCCAACAAUACCCAGCCUGCGUAUCAUUGUAACAAGUAACAUACGACAGUAUAAAGAUUGUUCUCCCGGGAGGCGCUUGAUUUUCUAUCCCGUCCUCGUGGUUUAUUGAUAUUGUACCAGUGACCCAAAGACCCCCUGCGGCUAUAUCGUACGCAUUAAAGCAACAUUGACGUUAACUAUAACCAAUACAUUUCACAGAGUUUACGCUUUACACCAACAACUUUUAGGUUACGCAACAUUUUAAUCAGUUUACAUACGAUUUUUUUAUCAGCUUUGACCCCUCAGUAAAAUUUCGCCUCACAUAAUCAGCGGGGGUCAUACUAUACAUGUCAAUUCGGAGAUCAGUCCGGUGUCUCGUGAAAUGAUCAAAUCGUCGUUCUUUAAUUUGUGAGAAAUUUAUAAUCGUUCUAGAAAUCAUGUCUAUCCCACGUUUUUUGAUCCGCACCACGCAACUAGUCAAACAGCCUAUUUUUAGUCAAUAUUCGUGCCAAAUUCGACCCAGGUUUGUCCAUACGUCAAACUGUGCGUACGCAGCGCGAUUAUACACUGACAAACAUGAAUGGGUCGAGGUCAGAGACAAUGGCAUCGGAAUCGUUGGAAUUUCUGAUUACGCACAGGACGCCCUCGGAGAUGUCAUCUACGCACAACUCCCAGAUGUCAAUACAGUACUUAAACAAAAAGAUGAAUGCGGAGCAUUGGAGAGUGUGAAGGCAGCCAGCGAGUUAUAUAGCCCAGUAUCAGGAAAAGUCGUAGAAAAAAAUAAAGAACUAGAAGAAACGCCAUCUCUCAUCAAUAGUUCCUGCUAUGAAAAAGGGUGGCUGUUUAAAGUGGAAUUAGCAAACAAUGAUGAAGUAAAGAAUCUUAUGUCUGAAGAACAGUACAAAGAGUUCUUGAAAACCCAGGAAGCCCACUAGGCAUUACAAGUAUAUUUUGACUAGCUGUAUUUAUUAGGCUUACUUGAGAUAAAUGAAUUGUCAUUGUUUUGAACUUUAUAUUUCCUGUUAUCUUCCUUCUUGUAAUGCAACUAUCUAGCUCAUUAACUCAGUAGUAUACAAAAUUCAUAAAAAAACAAUGCCCAUUAUAAUACAUUGAUAUAAUGCAACCAUAUCCUUUUCACCCUUCUGUCUAAAUUAACAUGAUCUAAAUUUCUAAAAGUCUAGAAACAUGAGAAUAUAAUUACUCGACAUAUUAUUUUUAUUAAGUAUUUUCUGUUGACCUUGUCAUUUAGUUUUCAUAAUUUUUUCUGAACAGUUAUCGUGGGUAUACCUAAAAUACACACGUGUUUUUAUUACUGUACUCGUAUUAUUGAAUUAAUGCAAUUGAAACCAAAAUAAAAUUGAUAAUAAAUCAGACAAACUUAAACCGAUAAUGUUAUAGGAACUAUACAUAUAUUUUUAAUAACAAUAAAUCAACCGUCAAACACCUAUUGUCGUGUAAACGUUAAUAUACCAAUCAUUUUUUGGCCUGGCAACUAGUUUAAUACAAAACAUCCUUGAAAAAACUAUACAACUAAUUUUCGCAUGGUAGGUUAGAUAUGCCUAAACUACUGGCAGAAAUGUAAAUGUUAACAUUUCGUAAUCACAUUUUGAUUAUUGAUUGUAAAUUAUUCAAAAUCGACAAGUGCUAACGGUAUUACAUUAAUUUUAGGAAUAUGGAAGUAACUCGUCACGAAUCACUACUUCACUUUUUUCGGAAUUAAAUUUAUAGUAUGACUAGAUUUACACACCAUCACGACAUGACUGCUACGUGCUCUGUGCCCGGGACCCCAGUUUGAUAUAAUAUUUACUGACGACAUAUACAGUGAUUUUCUUUUCAUGUCCUCCUCCUCAUUCCCCAUUUUUUUAACGACUGGGUUAUUACAUAAAAAAAAUAUAUAAUUUCAAAAAACCGAUCAAAUGUCAUCUUGUUGAUUAGGUGCGCAAAUAGUUCACUCCGCGCCUGCUACAAGAAAGCAUGAAGUGAACCACAGCUAGUUCCCAAUUGACCUCUUCUAGGAAAACCUACAUAAUGACAUAAAAACCUACAUAAUGUCACUUUUCAUGUUACAUAAUACCCCUGCUGGUCAAGUUAGUAAGUUGAAAUUCGAAGUUGAUGGAUUUGUCGAAAUUUCACAUUUUCCCAAUGGAAUGCCUCAAGUUUAAUUUCAACAUGAGAAACUGCCAUUACGUUAUUUCGAAAUAUACUGAACUCCUAUUUUCUAUGGUCAUGAAGUACUCGUAAGGAGGGACUCAUUUUAAAAAAUCUUCCAACAUAGUACCCAGUCGCCAUCUUGAAUUUUUCAAAGAUCACCUAAUAUACAGGAUGAGGUUUAGUGUGGAUUUGGUAGAUAACUCCACUAUUACACAUGGUAUCUAAAAAAAGUUAAUUAAAAAAAUUGAAAGUCACUCGUAUGCUUCUUAGCUGGAAAAUAUUUUUAUCUCUACAAGGCGAUUGAUAACUAAUUGUGAUGAAUACAUACAUUUUUUUAAAUUAGAAGCCCUACAUUUUAUUGCAGAUUUUGAUAGGCCUUCCCAAACGAAACAAUCUAUCGGAAAAUACCCAACUUUGACAACACCUAGCGCUGAAUUUUUCGUAAACUUUAUGAUCCCAUAUUUUCUCCGUACCCAAUUACUUCUUAACUGAUAAAGUCGAACAGUCAAGAAGGCGUCCCUGUGCUUUUAGUGCAUGAUCGGUAGUAACUCCAAUAUAACAGUUAGCCGACAAAAUGCUUCUGACUGGAAAAAUAUUUAGAUUUUACCAGCCUUAUUGUGAAUUGCAUAUCUUAUUAACAUUGAAAACAGGCAAAUUAUCGCAAAAACAACAAACAAUAUUUAGGGCCGUAUCGUCAGUCGUUCCUACAAUUGUAGGAUGCCUUAAUGGCCUCCCUGAUUUUCAUAGUUUUCUACUCCUCCGUGUCAGCGCUCUACGUUGAGGUUAUGUUACAAGUAUCCAUUUGCAUCAAAUUGUUCAUGCUUUUGACUUAUAUCAUCUGUUAUAUAGCCUGAAAUUUCCUACAAUUCAAGAAGAAAACGUAGCCUGGCAAUAUGAGAGCGCUGACGCUGACACGGAACAGUAAAAAUCUAGAAAUAUCCCAGCCCUUCUGAAAGAGGCGUCCUAUUCCUAUGUUUCCUACUUAAAUUGUAGAAAAUUUCAGGCUAUAUAACAGAUGAUAUAAAUAAACAGCAUGAACAAUUUGAUGCAAAUAGAUAUUUGUAACAUAACUUCAAAAUAGAACGCGGACACGUAACAGUAGAAAACUUCGAAAAUCAAGGACGCCAUAAAGGCGUCCUACAUAUUGUAGGAACGACUGAAGAUACUGCACUUAGUCAGAAAAGUUCAAAAAAAUUCCUUCUUGCACCAUGGAUAUAUCGGCAGAGAUAUCCUGAUUGCAGGCGCCUGACACUGACAUUUUUUACCAUCAUUGGGCUUGGCAUGGAAAGAGUCAAUACCUUCUAUUCAAGAAGUGACACCAGCACUGGCGGAGGGUUACCGAAAUAUGGGAUGUCGUAUAUCCCAAAGGCACAAAUUCCUGAUUUUUAUAUUCUGAUGUAUUCGGUGGCUUCUAGCAGCUUUUUUCUGUUACAAUUUGUCCUCAACUUGUUGUCAAUACUAUCCAUCUGUUCAGUCAAAAACCGAACCACAUUGACCGGGACAUUUUCAGGAUAUCUGGAAAAACGAAGAAAACAUGGUCCGCCACAAACUCCUUUAUUUCUACCACACCACUUUGUUGGACCGGAAUGAAACUCAUCAUGGAGAAAGUACUAAUUCCUCACAUCUGAAAAGUGGUGCUCGAGUGAGAGUUAGCUAUUAUACAGCACUCUGUAUAUCGGUCUCUUCUCCAAUGCCGGUUGAACACCACUUCUUAAAUGAAAGGUAUUGAUGAGUAACUCUAUCCAUGCCACGUCUCAUUUCGGUAAAAAAUUGUCAAUGUUCGGUUGAUUUUCGGGUCUUAAAUACCACACUGAAAUACCGACAGCUAUUGACAUUUAUCUUAUAAGUUUGUGAUUGAAUCUAUUUGCGUUUUCUCUGGAAGUUAAAUUUUGUUAGAUGAAACUAAUAGACGACGGCAAGACUUUUCUCCCGUGGAUGAUUCGGGGAACGACCUCUUGAUCAGUGUCAAGGAAUACAGUUUUGAUAUACGUAUUUGAAACUAAAGAUAUGUUAAAAGUCAGAAUUAAACUGUCUAAAGUACGUCAGAACCACGUAUACUGUUACCGGCAUAAAUUAUUGGUGUCCAUUGAGAAAACGUGGCCAAUUAAACAGUUGUUCUGCAAAAAUUUCAUCACCCAUGGUUUUUUAAUUAUCCCUGGUGACAAAAUUAUACAGUUUAAUUGAACUGAAUUUUCUGGAACCAGUUUAAGUAGUAACUUUAACACUACAUAUUAAAUUUAUUUGCUUGAAAAUAGCAAACCAUGUACCUGUUUUAUUAAAUUGUUUAAUUACUUUAGGUGAUUUACUUUAUGUUAAAAUGUAAAUUUUAUUAAAAACAGUUAAACAGUUUAUUUGAACCGCGGACUCGGCAGGAUUCGUGAAUGAUCGAGAGUAUGCGACUACGCCUGUCGCUGGUGACGCACUUCGAACACCUCAGUUUUGUGUGAUUUUUGCGUAGAGCUUCCUAUCCGAGUGUUGCCGUUGUUGGUAAAGUAGCUGUGUAGUUGCCCAAUUAAGGUGAUCAAGUGAAAUACUCGAGCAUAAAACGCUUAGUGACCCAUACCAUGGUUAGAAUAUUUCUCCCAGUGAAACACUCAGUAUACGAGAGUCACUGCUGACGUAAGAAAAACUUCAACUCUAACUCUAAAAUGUAUUUAUGCAGCCAUAUUUAGGUCAAUGAAGGGCAUUUCUACUAAGCAUGUGCUUGACGUGAUUGUUUGAUAUUUGAAAAUAUCCUAGUUUGUUUGAAGUGACGUCGAAUAUUGUUUUAAUAUUAAAAAUAAAAGCACGUUUGUACACUUGCUCAAGUGUCGUUAUUCCGUUUCAGGUAUCAUUUUCCCUACUUCUAGUGAAUGGUGAUAGAGUGUAACCUGUUUCGAAACAAUCAGACAAAUAAUUGGUAAAUCUUGAUUCCAUAUAUAAUAGUGAAAUUCAAUCAAUGAAAAUAAAAAUAUCUAAUUUUGUUAGGGUUACAAAAUUCGGAAGAUUAUUUCUAUAUUAUUUAUUUGGAUUCGGAAAUAUCAAUAUCCAGUUUUUCAAAAUUUUUGGAUGUCUUAGAUUUAUCAGAGCGCAGUUAUAAUAUACAUAAUUCAUUAAAAUGCAAUUUGUUCUUUUAAAUUUCAAAUAUUUGAUCAGGAUCAACAAUGACCAAUUAGAAAGCAUUUUAGCAAAAUUGGAUCAACAAUCAAUCCCUACCCGAAUAGUGAAUCAAAUCUGAUAUAAUGCAUAAAUUGAUUUGAUUUCAACUACAGAGCACUUUAUUUAAAAGUGAAAACAGUGUAUUAGUUCUGAGAGAAAUAAUUUUAUAAAAAAGGAUAUAUUUUUAAAAAUACAUCAACAUGUCGAUUGUCGAUUAAAUUACCGUCUAAUGUAAUUUGUAGAUAUAUGCUCUGUGAGCAAAAUUUAUGCAAAGUAGUAGUAGUAGAGGAAAACGAAUACUAGAGAGGGGCUGGGAGAAUGAGUUCGCAAGUAUUCACAAGUGUUAAUUAGGGUGAUUCAAGGCCAAGAGGUACAAUAAACAAGCAUGAAAGAAAUUUGUGGUUGUUCGUAGAUCAAGUUCGAUAGUUCGAUCUCACGAUGUACGAAAAACGACAUCUCGCUCCUGGGUAGGUGUUUAGUUUUUAAGGCUUUUAUUAUAUAACAGGGUCAGUAUAGCCAUCUAGCGAAUGCGAUACGUUUGGGUGUCAAUAUGAGAUCUGUUUUCUGUAUAUUUAAUUUAUAUUAUUCACCUGUAAAUGGCGCUACAUGCAUUGCCUUUUGUUAUAUGAAGUUAGAGGUGGCACCGAAUUACUAUGUAAUAAAAUGGACUAGAUUUUGUAAAAACCACGAAGCACGCCCUAAGCAAAUUUUGUCUGCUAUUUGUCCUAAGCAUUUAAGUUGUCCUCAGAGAAUAAAGUAUUAUCAAAUGCUGACAUCAGUGGCUUAUACCUGUAUUAUAUGGUCCUUCGAGGCAAAUAAACAACUGGACCUGAGCCCCACCAGUUUGUGGAUGGAAAUACUUGACGCCUUAUUUAGAAAAUUUGGUUACAAAAAGUGUUACUUAUUUUGAAUGUGAUACUGAGUUGUUUUUGUGUUUGUGGUGAAGGUUAUAUACUUCAGAUUCAAAAUACAAAACAAUUCAGGAACACCAC